ACAGGAAGCGCAGACGUCACGCGCAUCGGUUUUAUGUUUAUUUGUACAGUAUUUCUUAUUCCAACAGUGUGACCGUCGAAUUUAUCCAGCGAUUGCAACAGGGGAAUAAUAUUUAUGAGUAUAAAUCGCUUUAAGGGUUCGAUAUUUUUUCCACCUUCUUUGUACUUGUGAAUGAUGGAGGGCUCCAAGACGUCGAGCACGACGAUGCAGGUUAGCUUCGUUUGUCAGCGGUGCUGCCAGCCUCUCAAGCUGGACACGUCCUUCAAUGCACUGGACCGGGUCACCGUCCACGAACUGACUGCUCCGUUGGUGACAGUCACGCCCAGCAAACAAGCGGAUUGUGGUGGAGACACAACAACAGAAGAGACCUUUGUAGAAAACAAGCAAGACGGUGUGUCAAGGAAAUACAUCCCCCCAGCACGAAUGAUGUCCACAGAGAGCGCCAACAGCUUCACACUGAUCGGAGACGCUUCGGACGGAGGGACCAUGGAAAAUCUAAGCCGCAGACUCAAGGUGACGAGUGACCUGUUUGACAUCAUGUCCGGUCAGACGGAUGUGGAUCACCCGCUGUGCGAGGAGUGUACAGACACCCUGUUGGACCACCUGGACACACAGCUCAACAUCACUGAGAAUGAAUGUCAGAAUUACAAGCAGUGCCUGGAGCUCCUGUCGCAGCUGCAGGUGGAGGACGAGGAGACGCUGCUGGGCGAGCUGGAGCAUCUGAAGGAGGAGGAGGCGGCGCUGGUGCAGCAGCUGGAGGCCGUGGAGGAGCAGCGGGCCGCCGUGGCCCAGGAGCUGACGCAGAGCCGCGGGCAGUCCCAGCAGCUGGAAAAGGAAGAGCUGCAGUACCAGAAGGAGUACAGCGAGUUCAAACGUCAACAGCUGGAGCUGGAUGAUGAGCUGAAGAGCGUCGACAACCAGAUGCGUUACUGCCAGAUCCAACUGGAUCGACUCAAGAAGACCAAUGUCUUCAACGCCACUUUUCACAUCUGGCACAGCGGCCAGUUUGGCACCAUCAACAACUUCCGUCUGGGACGACUUCCGAGCGUGCCCGUGGAAUGGAACGAGAUCAACGCGGCCUGGGGCCAGACGGUGCUGCUGCUGCACGCGCUGGCCAACAAGAUGGGGCUGCGCUUCCAGAGGUAUCGCCUCGUUCCCUAUGGAAAUCAUUCUUACCUGGAGUCCCUUACAGACAAGUCAAAGGAACUUCCAUUGUACUGUUCGGGUGGCCUGAGGUUCUUCUGGGACAAUAAGUUUGACCACGCCAUGGUGGCCUUCCUGGACUGCGUGCAGCAAUUCAAAGACGAGGUGGAAAAAGGCGACACCGGCUUCUGCCUUCCGUACAGGAUGGACGUGGAGAAGGGCAAGAUCGAGGACACAGGCGGCAGCGGCGGCUCGUACUCCAUCAAGACUCAGUUCAAUUCGGAGGAGCAGUGGACCAAGGCGCUCAAGUUCAUGCUCACCAACCUCAAGUGGGGGCUGGCCUGGGUCACCUCGCAGUUCUACAACAGAUAAAAAAAAAAAAAGCCACAACAAAGAAACAUGGUGAUGGAACAUUGUUGGAGAAGGCCUACCUUAUGGUGUGGGCUGUGAGACUUGAUUGUAAAAAUUCCUGAAUCAUGUUUCUUCAUGGGGCACUUAAAUGUACAUCCUCUUGCUAUUCGCUGAAAACCGUUUUUUGCUUAAAUGAGCGAGCUUCGGAUAUGUCGACGCUCGAGUGAAGUGAGGAAAAAUUGUGGAGUCAUUAGUACGGUAACGCCGCUCCAUGUGGGCAAGGAGACAACAAAAACCAUCCAUGAACUGACUCAAAAUGUCUCGUUAACUACCAUAAAUUCUCAUAAGUUCCCAUGGAAAUGUACUGUCAAUUCUCCAACCCUUUGGAACCGUAUUGCAUACAUUUGACAUCAUGCUCAUAACGCAUCAUGAUAAGACACAUUGCACUGAGAGCUGAUACUUGUAACUUUCUAAAUAUUCUCUGGAAAGAGCUGCUGUCACAUGAAUAAAAAACACACACACUUAUACAUGGACUUGAUCAAAAAUACAACCAAUAAAAAUCGCACGGAAAUGA